AUGACUAGUUCAUUUUGGUUCACAAAUUCAUAAAACAAACUCUAUAUAUAAAGAUUGAACUGACACACUCUGUAUAACCAUUUUUUUUUCCAAACGCAAAAGAAAGCGACAAACACCGAUGGCGGCCACAUUCUCCUCACUUUCCGAUGAUCUCCACACACCGAUCUUACCGCCGCCAUCAAAAUCCUCAACAGAAUCAGAAAAGAUUUGCAUCGAUGAGAUGCUUGAGAAAUACUGUGGCGAAUUUGGAAAAUGGCAGUUGAAACAUUUUAUACUUACUAGUCUUGCUUGGGCGCUUGAAGCUUUUCAUACUAUGGUUAUGAUUUUUGCUGAUCGGGAACCUGAUUGGAGUUGUGUUAAUGGUGUUGAUUGCGCCGGUGGUGGUGGCGGGAGUUUGUGUGGGAUGAAGGCGGCUGAGUGGGAGUGGAUCGGAGGGAAAGCGGCGUCGACGGUUUCGGAAUGGAGUUUGAUUUGUGGUGAUAAGUUUAAAGUUGGACUUGUUCAAGCUCUUUUCUUCGCUGGCUGCAUGAUUGGAGCCGGAGUGUUUGGUCACCUUUCAGACUCAUCUCUCGGAAGAAAAGGUUCGCUCUUGGUAGUGUGUGCAUUAAAUGCCAUAUUUGGCUUCUUGACAGCAUUUUCCCCCAACUAUUGGACCUAUGUACUCCUUCGCGUCCUCACUGGUUUUAGCACAGGCGGUGUUGGCCUUUGCGCCUUUGUCCUUGCCACUGAACCCAUUGGCCCAUCAAAACGCGGUAUGGCAGGAAUGUCCACCUUCUACUUCUUCUCUUGUGGUAUUGCAAUUCUCUCAGGCAUCGCAUAUGCCUUUCAAACAUGGCGCACACUCUACAUUGUAUCCUCUAUCCCUUCCCUCCUGUACAUAAUCCUUGUUCUUCCCUUCGUCUCCGAGUCCCCAAGAUGGUACCUUGUUCGAGGAAGAAUACACGAAGCAACUAAGCUCAUGUCCACCAUUGCUUCUUCCAAUGGAAAACACCUUCCAGAUGGAGCUUUCCUUGCAUUAGAUGAAGAAGUAUCAAAAUCAAAAAUAGCAACAAAUGAUGACGAGUCCAACCUAAUUAAUUGCAUCGAAAACAAGGAUGCACAAAUUGGAUCCAUUGUGGAUGUGAUUCAAUACCCAGUUACACGUAUUAGGUUAUUCCUAGCGGUAGUUAUUAACUUCUCAGCCUCGGUGGUCUAUUAUGGUCUAAGUUUAAACGUUGCCAACCUCGAAACCAACCUAUACAUGAAUGUGCUUCUAAAUGCAGUUGCCGAAAUGCCAGCAUUCACGAUAACUGCAGUGUUAUUGGAUAGGUUUGGGAGGAAACCAUUGACAAUAGGAACAAUGUGGUUUAGUGGAUUCUUUUGUUUGAUGGGGAGUUUGAUGAGUAAUAUUGGGGUGUGGAAAAUAAUUAAAAUGGUGUGUGGUGUUUUAGGGAUAUUUGGAAUGGCCGGAACUUAUAACUUGUUGUUUAUUUACACGGCAGAGUUAUUCCCCACGGUGGUAAGGAAUGCAGCAUUAGGGACUGCGACUCAGGCUGCCCAAAUGGGGGCGAUAUUGGCUCCUUUUGUAGUAGUUUUGGGUGGUUGGUUGCCAUUUGGAGUAUUUGCGGCAUGCGGAAUUUUAGGUGGAAUGUUUGCAUUUUACCUACCUGAGACACUAAAUAUGCCACUUUAUGAUACAUUCAAUGGAUUGGAGGCUGGACUUGCAUGAUACUAUUCCUAUGUUGUUUAUUGUUACAUAUUUUAUAUAGAUUAUGUUCUUUCUGGUGAUUGAAAUGUUGGGAUAAGUUAUUAAUUGAAGAAUGGUAACAAAUCUAGUGAGUUAAA